ACUGGUUCCACCCGUUGACGUGUUUUAUACGCAAAAAUUAGGUGCAUUUCACGGAUAGGCAAUUCGGAGCAAAAAUGUCAAACCAACCCGUCGUCAGUUGUUUGCCUGUCACUGCGAACAAAAUGUCGAAAGCAAAGAAGGUGCUGGAUGAGGCGCGCGAGACCAAAAACCGCGAAAUUGACCUAGUGGAUCGGAACAUUUCCACCUUCGAGGAGUUGCCCGGAUUGCUUAAUAUGCAGUUCGUCACCAGAAUAACGCUGAGCCACAACAAAUUGAAGACUGUUCCACCCGGUAUUGCAAAUUUAAUCAACUUGGAAAUAUUAAACCUUUCCAACAACUUUCUGGAGGAGCUGCCACUGUCGCUUUCGUCGAUGCCAAAGUUGCGCAUUUUAAACUGCUCGAUCAAUCGCCUGAACACACUGCCCCGUGGAUUUGGCGCAUUUCCCGUACUGGAGGUGUUGGAUUUGUCGUACAACAAUUUGAACGAACAGGUGCUGCCUGGAAAUUUCUUCAUGAUGGAUUCCCUACGAGCGCUCUAUCUCGGUGAUAACGAGUUUGAGUACCUACCGAAGGAGGUUAAAAACUUGAAAAACCUACAGAUUCUCGGUUUGCGGGACAAUGAUUUGCUGGAACUGCCCAGGGAAAUCGGUGAACUGACAAGAAUUCGCGAACUUCACAUUCAAAACAAUCGACUCAGUGUGCUGCCACCGGAGAUUGCCAAUCUGGACAUGCCGGGCCCAAAGUCUGUGCUAAAGAUGGAAGAAAAUCCUUGGGUGACAGCGAUUGCCGAACAAUACCUGGUUGGCAUCAGUCACGUGCUGGAGUACAUCAAGACGGAGGCGUACAGAAUUCUCUACAAUCGUCAUAUGCAAUCGGGUGGCAAAACGGCAGGAGAACUUCCACCGAAAUCGGACAAAAGUAAAAAAGCGUCCCGGGCACGAUCAUAAAGUCUUAAACUUUUGUCAUUAUUCUGCAAGGACUUCGUCUGUAACGUGGAUUGAUUAUUUAACUCAGUGCCAAUGGAAAUGCAGUAAAAUGUGAAAGUGGACAUUGGACAUUGUUUAAUGUUCCAACUAACAACAACUAAGCCUUACUAAGCCCCGUUUCACGCAUACACUGUCCCGUUGGGACGGUUUUCUUUUAUUGUUGUAGCAGGUACAACAGGUCCGAUAGUUUGUUAAACUAAUUUAAUUAACUUUGACACUACCGUCGUAGGUUGACAAAGUGCAAGUGCCUUAAAAUGCUAACACAAAUUGUGAACAAAAGUAGAAACACUAAGAAAUGCAAUUAAAAUGGUAAUAAAAUUGAUGUGUUGCAAAAACUAAUUUACUGGGGGAUAUAAAAGCAGUCUGUGUGACCAGAGUGUUGUUGGUUAGAAAGGCGCUGAAAGGAAAUGGUUAAAGGAGAGUAUAGUAGUUCUUUUUCAAUAUAUCUAUUGUCAA